AACAUUAUACAUGCAGCAAUUUUCAUAUGCAAUUAUGCACCAGGAGGAGCUCUGUCAAGAAGGCCUUAUGAACCAGGAGUAUUUUGUACUCGUUGUGGCAACCGUGACAGAUGCACAGAUUAUCUAUGCAAGGAAUGUCUUUGACUGUGGGAAAUAUGCACAAAGUACUCUGGAGUUUUUACAAUCAGGUAAUGCAGAUCGUGACCAAGCUAUAUAUUACCACUACUGGUAUCCACGUUGGGAAGUGCCCCGGCCGAUUGUAUGUGAUCCACUCUGCAUAUUUGUUUUAUUACUGAGACUGCUGUUUUUUAUUAUGUGUGUCAUAAUUGUUUUGAUAGUACAACCUUAUUUUCCAAAUAUUUUGUUGGAACAACAGAUGGCAUUUACUCCUGAAUUGUCUAAAAUAGAAAUAAGAAAAGAAAAGGGAGAAGAUGAAAAGAAAAUAGAAGAGGAAGAGGAAGAGGAAGAAGAAAAGGAAGAGGACGAGCAGGAUGAAGACGACUGAUCCUUAACAUGAACCAAAACUAUAGCAUUUUAAAAAGAAAAAAAAAAAAAAAAAGAAAAAAAAUCUUUAAAAACACUGAGAUUUAACAAGAAAAUAUACAAUCCACUAUGGCAAUAUUUUUAUCUUCUCUUUCCUAUACUCAUUCAACAAAUUUAAAUUUGAAAAACAACAAAAAAGCAAGUACUAUUAUUACUAUUAAUGUAUUAUAUAGGAAAUAUUAAGACAAGCUCUUAGGUAAAGAUGUGAUAAUAGGAACUAAAAGGAGAUUUGACCAGCCUAAUUAAUCUUAAGAUUUUACAAUGGUGUCCUGAUAAAGGAGGUAAUUUAUGUUUUCUGAAUAUGUCUCCAUCUCUGUGUUUUAAAUAUUGUUUUACAUGAGGUGAUAAAUUUCUCAAGUAUUAGACAAGAUU